UUGGGAGUUGUGGGCCUAAAACUGGAGUUGUUGUGGAGUCUGACGUACCUUGCGAUCCGUGGGAGAUUAAUUGUGAACCGGACUCUAGUUUCGGCGCUAGUGGCGAUGCGUGCCGGCUAUGUGGCGUUGGCUAUCUGGUGCUGUCUGGGCCCGCCGUCCUGGACCAGCGGUUCGGAGAUCGGGUCCGAUCUGGACGUGGAUGAGGUCGCUGCCGGAGAGCUAGCCAACUGUCUGGUGGAAACGGUGACGAGCGGCACGUUCGACGACUAUCACCAGCUGGCGGACGUUGGGAACGAACCGUCGGAGCGGUACUCGGUGAACCUGAGCUUCACGGUCGAGCUCGGCAACCGGCAGGAGGAGCUGGCGGUGCUGCUGUCCGCCCAGGAUCGGACGCGUGCCCAUCCGGCGUACGCCCACACGUACGAGAUGCGCCUCACGAACGUCUACACCGUGCUGUACCGCGAGACGGUCAAGCUGCAGGCGUACCACAGCCCGCGCGACAAGCUCUUCCCGGCCGAGCUGCGCUUCCGGUUGCGGUUUCUGGUUAGCCACGACGCGAACGUGACGGUGCUGGUGAACGACGAACGGGCGCCCCGCCCGCUCCUGGCCGUCAGCGACGUGCGCGAGCCGUUCGUGCCGCGCUUCGUCAGCUUCUCGUCGCGCAUGAACGCCUACCCGGUGAGCUUCUACCUCGGGUGUGGUCUGCCGCGGUAUACCGCAUCCACGGAACCACCGGACGUGGACCCGGCGGACGACGGCGAACCACGGAUGGAGGCGUUGCUACUGGAGACGGCUGGUCGCCAGGCCGCAGCCGCCGCCGCCUGCCCGGUUUGUCCGCCGCAGCGCUGCGAGGUGAUCGUGAAGGCGUGCGCCGACCCGACGUCCGGGAACGGAAACGGCGGAUUGACCGGUUCGGAUCCGGAGCGCGAGAAGUACUACUUCUUCUUUAACCUGUACCUCACGAAGAACCGCGGCAAGGGCCGGUGACGCAGGUCUGGAUGGUUCCCGCCGCGGACCGCGGACGCGUCUCGCUGUCUGUCAAGUCCGUGGCCGGACUUGGGUUUGUUUUGUGGCAAUAAAGAGCAAACCAAAUCGUUUGGCCAU